AGGCUGAAAUCGUUGCUAUGGCCGAAAUGUAACAACUACUGUAGCCAAAGAAGCGGUGUAACAAAACUUCUAAGCUUUGGAGAACGCGAAAUAUGGCCGAGACGUUAGACGCCAAGAAAGAAGAGGCAGACUACAAAAGGGUCCACAGCUUCCCCCUGAUCAGGCAUACAGACAUGCCUGAAGAGAUGAGAGUGGAGACCAUGGAGCUUUGUGUCACUGCCUGUGAGAAGUUUUCCACCAACAACGAGAGUGCGGCCAAGAUGAUUAAAGAGUCGAUGGACAAGAAGUUCGGCAGCUCGUGGCACGUGGUGAUCGGGGAGGGCUUCGGCUUUGAGGUCACGCACGAGGUGAAGAACCUGCUCUACAUGUUCUUCGGUGGGAGCCUGGCAGUCUGUGUGUGGAAAUGCUCGUAGCACCGUCCCGAACGCUCCACUUCUGUACUGUACUCGACAGGUCACACCGGACUAUGCGGUUUUAUAGUGUGUGUUUGUGUGUGUGGGGACACAAGUUGUUGUUUUUUUUUUUUUUUAAAGUCGGCAGUCUUUGAGUUUUUGGUUUCUCAUGCACUCCAUCUUGAGGAAGAUCAUAUUGCUCAAUGCUAUAGGAGUGUGUGUGUGUGUGUGUGUGUGUGUGUAUGUGUGCGCGCGUGUGUGACUGUAAUAUUUUGGUGCAUGUCGCACCUUUUUCUCAGUUAAUCUUAGUAUGUGUCUCUGGAACACUAGGCCUGUUGGAAGAUUUCCCCCCCUCCUCUCUCUGUCCCUUAUCCCUGAUUUCUCCCCAAGUGCGAUCUGAUAUUUCCAUCCUCAAAUUAUUCCUCUUCCACAUAUGCUUUUAAUUUUCUUUUUUAAGUUGUAUUUCUAUUUUCUAAUAAUCAUUGUGUAAAUACUUUGAUGCAAUUGUAAAGAUUGAACUGUACUUUUCUAAAGCAACAUCAUGGUAAUUCAAAUUGUAAUUAUUAUGACUCUUGUAAUUUGUAGUAUUAUGUUUUAUAAAGAAGGGCUCAAUCAUUCUUAAUAACUUGAAUACUGGCACUCUGAUGCUGGCCAAAUUCAGGCCUAUGGCUCUAACUCAUGGAAAUAUUUUAUUGUUGGUGUUCGUAUCACUAGAAAUGGCACUGGUGAUGUGGUUGAUAUUUGUUGUUUGUAUGGAUUUGUGUAAACUUUAAAGGGAUAAUUAUGUCAACACAAAAUUUACUAAUGUUUAAAAAGAUUUUUGUUACCUUAAAGAUAUCUACAGUUGAAGAGAGAUGGGAUGGUUUUUAUACAAAUGUUAGCUUAUCCACCAGAGGCAUUGAAACCCAAUAACACAUUAGCAUGGCCCAAAUCGCAGUCAUAGUAAAAUCCAUUGUAUCUAGCACAUACCAGUGAGCACUUAUACAUGUAUACUUUUGUCAACAGUGGCAAAAAUAUUCCUGAUUAUAAUUCCAUUCUAUUUUAUAUGUAAUCCAAAGACUGUUCUAGUAACCUAUUUAGUGGAAGAAAUACACCUUAUGUGCUGGUAAUUUAUGUAGAUUGGAAAAAAGCUGCAUUUUAAUAGUGUAAGUUUUUUUUUUUGUUUCUAUAUUUGCAUUUUUCCACAUUAUUAUCCAAACGUAUACAUUCAUAAUUGCUCAUAUUCUCAAUGAGAUAUUGUUAUGCAUGCGGCUUUGAAGAUGCUAGCUGGUGCAGUGGCGUUCAGUGUGUGUCUGGUGAAUAGGCAAGCAGUUGCUCUGGUAAUACAAGCAAGCAGAAACGGAGGAUCUUUGUCUCCGGGUGGGGGCUGAUUUUAAGGAAAAUGAAAACGUUGACAUUUUGUGAAGUUCAAUGAAAGAUCCCUUUAAUGGUCUCGUG